AUGUCUCUGCUUGUUAUUAUCUAUAUUACAGCUGUAGAACCAAGUUUUGAUCCAAAAUCAUAUUAUCGUUUUACAACACAAUGGCAAGGUGAUGGUAAAUCUAUUGAUGUUGUUAAUGAUGGUAUAAAUAAUAAUGAACUUAUACUUGCUACAACUGGUGUUUAUAGUGGACAAUAUUGGAAGAUUACUCCAAUUGGCGAUGGAUUUUAUCGCUUGACAACACAAUGGCAAGGUGAUGGUAAAUCUCUUGAUAUUGUUAAUGAUGGUAUAAAUAAUAAUCGACUUAUACUUGCUACAACUGGUGCUUAUACUGGACAAUAUUGGAAAAUAACAAAGGUGUGA